AUGGGAUCUAAUCGAGAACAACAACUUGUUGAUAAAAUUCGACAAUUAUUACCUGAUUCAAAAAAGAAGUAUACAUGGACUGAUAUUGAAAAAACAGAUAAAUUACAAGAUUUAGCAUUUGAAUUGACAAGUACUUAUUUUGGUGAUUUUUUUGCUACUCAACAACAAGCAUCUAUUGAUCGUCUUCAAGCAGCUGCUUGUUUUUUAAAUUUUUUACAUACAAUUGCUGAUUGUGAAAAUGAUGAAGCUGAAGUUGAUGAAGGUCACUAUGGUCUUUGGUUACUUACAGUAUCGAAUCAAGAAGAACGUCUUAUGCAUUUAAAUCAAUUAGCAGAUUGUUUACUUUUAUUUAAACGAACAAUGGGUUCAAUUGAAGCUCUUCAAAAAGAAGAUGCAGCAUUACGAAUGGAAGCACAAAAGAUGAGUAAUGAAAUUAAUUAUUAUCAAGAAGAAAUUGCAUCAAAUAAAGAACAAAUUGACUUAUAUAAAACUGAAAUAAAAAAACAAACAGGUAUUAAAGUAGAUACAACAAAACAAAUUGAUAAACUUAAUAAUGAUUUAUCUCGAAUACAAAACAAUUAUACUUCAUUAGAAAAAAUUGAUAAUGAACUUGAUAGUACAUUAGAAGGAUUAAAAGUUCGAGAAAAAUUAUUAGAAAGUCAACUAAUGGUUUCAUCACU